AUGGGGAAGCCUGAGCGUGUCAAGCCUCGCAUCAUUCUCCAUGGUGGAGCGGGCAAUAUCACACGGGAGAACCUCCCGUUGGAGGCGUACGAUGCAUACCGUAAAGCGCUGCUAGGUGUUCUCCAAAGUACUAAUGACCUACUAAUGCAGCCGAACGCAGCGGCUCUUGACGUUGCAGCUUACGCAGUAAGUCUGCUAGAAAAUAACCCUCUCUUCAAUGCCGGUCAUGGAGCCGUCUUCACGCAAGCGGAGACGCAUGAGCUCGAAGCGUCGGUGAUGGUCAGCAAAGGCUACCGGAAGCGAGGAGUCGGCGUCAUGAACGUGACGAGAGCCAAGAACCCAGUUCUACUCGCGCGGGAGAUGCUUGUUCGUGGUGAAGCUAGUGACGGUGGAGGUGCUGGACCUCAUUGUCAGCUUCAAGGUACCAUUUGCGACCAACUGACUCAGCAAUGGGGCCUGCAGACGGUUCCGAGAAGCUAUUAUUGGACUAAGCGUAGGUGGCAAGAACAUCGACGAGGGCUGGGAUUGGACUACUCCGAUGAGACCUAUGAACGGCAUAGGCUCAAUGCUCAUCUAAGCCCUUCCUCGACCGUCCUGGAGCAGACGGCCGACACAAAUCACUGCCAUGCGCCUCAAGACCCAGGCUGGGACGGCAAACAGUACUUGCCUCAAGGUACUGUGGGCGCAGUAAUUCUCGACAGUAGCGGCACGAUCUGCGUGGCGACUUCCACAGGCGGGCUUACCAACAAGCUGCCUGGACGUAUAGGUGACACACCUACCCUUGGUGCUGGCUUCUGGGCGGAAGAGUGGGAGGCUUCUCGGCUUCACGCAGCGGGAUCCGAACGCCAGCGUGACUGGACUACCAUGCUUUCCGCCUUUAUUGGUGACUGCCUACCGCAGGUCUCUGGAUACCUCCCCAUCGGCCCAUCUCAGACCAACAGCAAUACACAACCGAAGCUUGUCCGCUACCAACGUGCAGUCGCCAUGUCCGGCACAGGGAACGGCGACUCGUUUCUGAAGCUUGCUGCCGCGCGCACCGCAGCAGCCAUGGCACGCUUCUCCCGUCUCUCGCCUUUGUCGAUCGGCAUACUUGCUCUACAGCACACUGUGACGGCGAUAGCUGGCCCGAACGGAGCGCUGCAGCAGAGUGCUGAGGACCGCUGGAUGAAGACUGGUGAGGGUGAAGGCGGUAUCAUUGGAAUUGACUUCAAUGAGGGCAAGGGUGAGGUGGUGGCUGAUUUCAACUGCGGUGGUAUGUUUAGGGCUUGGGUUGAUGAUGAUGGCGUCAUGAGGAUGGCUGUGUUUAGACAGGAGGGCUGA